UUACGCUCCCUAUUUCGCACCUCAGUCACCGUCCUCAUUCUGCUCAAAGUAACAUCAUUCCCACUUUCAGUCCAUCUUAAUCCAAACUUAUGCUAUAGUGUCCAAGUUAAGAUGAAUUUUAAAUUUUCUACGAGUAUUGUGUUGCUGGUUCUUCUACUUUGUGCAAAUGGUGUUAUGAAUCAAGAAGACGAUGAUACACCAACUACAGAACAGGAUUAUCCAGGUUACGAGGACGAUGAUGUACCUGUAAUUCCUGUCUACAUCCAGCCAAGAUUCGACGAUGAGGGGGACAUCAAGUGGUUUCCGCGUAUCAUAGGUGGAACACCAGCUGUGAUGGGAGAAUUCCCGGGAAAAGUAUCCGUCCAAUCUCGAUUGGGAUCACAUUUUUGUGGAGGUACUCUCAUUGAUCUCUCUCACAUCCUCACAGCAAGUCACUGUGUCACCGACUCACGUGCUCAAGUCUUCAAUCCAGCCUCGAUUCAAGUGAUGGCUGGGGAUGUGUCAAUAACGCGAAAUUCACCGGCUCUCACGAGAGAAGUGCGCCUUGUGUCUCAUAUCUUUGCCCAUCCAGACUACGAUAUUGCCACAAUGGAGAAUGAUAUUGCUAUACUCCGGGUCAGUAUUCCCUUCCGUCUGCAGCAAGGCAUUGUCUCACCCAGGCCAUUGUCCCGGAGCAUCCCAUCCGUAGGAACAGUUUGUAAUUUGGCGGGAUGGGGCACUACAACUGAGGGAGAUAAUACACCCUCUCCCGCCCUUCAGAGGGUGGAUUUGGACAUCAUCGAUACGGAUCGCUGCAAUCAGUCCUACAGAGGACUUCUGCAUGACAACAUGUUCUGCGCGGGAACCAUGGCAGGAGGAAGGGAUUCCUGUCAGGGAGAUUCUGGCGGUGGACUAAUGUGUGAUGGUCUUGUGACGGGAGUAGUGUCUUUUGGCUAUGGCUGUGGCAGGAGACAUUUCCCGGGAGUAUAUAUCGAUGUUAGUCAGUACCUUGAGUGGAUCCAGCAGAACCAGCAAUUUGAUGGAACCCACGGAGACAUUCCAACUCCACGACCAGCAAGUGCUUCAUUCACUGCCUUGUCACCAAUAACUUUUCUUCUAUCAGUGUUCAUUGUCACUGUUUCGAGCAAUAAAAUCCUAACAGAGGAUUUGGCUGAUCUUUUGAUGCGUGAAGUCGAGAAUCAUCGUAAGACUGGAAUUGAAACCCCUAUCUUGAAGACCCUUGUGAAAGUGUUCGAAGUUCCCAAUGAACUGGUGAAGUUUGAGGGACCAGAAGUGCCCAUUCCUCGUGAUGAGACCAUGUGCAUCCUCUGCAAUGCUGUCUUUGGAGAAUUUGUAAAUCGUCGCCGAGUUCAGGGACAGUCUCGUGAUGAGAUUGCUGCUUUUGCCAAGGAAUUCUGUAAUGCUCUCGGAAUCUUCCCAUCCCGUGUGUGCGAUGGCGUUAUUGAAAUAAAUGCAGACAUCAUUGUUCACAUUAUGGAUAACAGGCUAGAUUUCGAUGAAAGCCAUUUCUGUGCCUUCGUUUUCCAGAGCAUGAAUUGCGAAGCCGAUAUGUCAGGAUUUGAGUGGUCAAUUAAUGUAAACCCCAACCAACCUCCUCUGACCGGAGAUAAGGAUACAUCUGUGCCCAGAGGACCCAAUGAUCUCAAGAUUGUUCAGAUUUCUGAUCCCCAUUACGAUCCCAACUAUGAGGCUGGAACCAGUGCAGUCUGCGGUGAACCAGUUUGUUGCAGAUCUGAUCAACCUCUGGCUCCAGAUGCUCCUCCAGAAAACGCAGCCGGCUAUUGGGGUGAUUACCGAGACUGUGACAGUCCUUUCAGAGCAGUUCAAGAUGCCUUCCGACAUAUCAGAUCCCAACAUGAUAAUAUCGAUUACGUGUACUUCACUGGAGAUAUCGUUGAUCAUGGUGUCUGGGGAACGUCUUUCGACUGGAAUAGAAUUAGCAUUGGUAGAGUGCAUACAGCACUCCGUGAAAACUUUGGUGGAAUUCCUACUUAUCCAGCUAUUGGAAAUCAUGAGGCUCAUCCAACUAAUGUCUUCGCACCCAGUCACAUGGAUGUCCCUGCUUUGUCUACUCAAUGGCUCUAUGAUUUCCUUGCCAAUGAGUGGUCCUAUUGGCUUCCUGCUUCAGCCCUGGAAACAGUUCGUCGAGGAGGAUACUACACCGUUCUCGUACGACCAGGACUUCGUGUCAUUGCGCUGAACAACAACGAUUGUUACACUUUCAAUUUCUGGCUCAUGUACGAUCCUCUGUAUCCACAAGGUCAGAUGCAGUGGUUCCACGAUACUCUCCUGGCUGCCGAAGCAGCUAAUGAGAAAGUUCAUAUUAUUGGUCAUAUUCCAUCAGGCGGUGGAAGUUGCCACCGUGUAUAUUCACGCGAAUAUGCCAGAAUUGUUGAACGAUUCUGGAAUACAAUCAGUGGGCAAUUUAUGGGACACACCCACGCUGAUCAAUUCACUGUCUUCUAUGCUCAGUCCAAUCCUUCCCAAGCAGUCAAUGUGCAAUGGAAUGCUGGCAGUACUACGGCAUUUAGUGAUGUCAAUCCCAACUACAAGCUUUACAUGGCUGAUCCUCAGACCUUCCAAAUCAAUGGACAGGAGACAUGGAUCUACAAUUUAACCCAGGCCAAUCUUACCCCCCAACUCUAUCCUAAUUGGUUCAUGGAGUAUGAUUUUGCCCAGGAAUAUGGUAUUCAGAAUUUGAGUCCAUCUGCUUUGAAUGCUUUGGCUGAGUCUUUCGCCAGGAACCCUCAGCAACUUCGCAGGUACUGGGAGCUUACAUCUUCCAUGGCUGAUACAUCUUUGGCCAGAGGAUGCGAUAACAACUGCCUUGCCAAUCAACUCUGCCAGGUUGCUCAGAAUAUCCAUAACAAUAGUCCUCGUUGCGUUGAACUUCAGAAUAUUUUCUGGCAGACCGUAGGUGGUCAUCUCAUUUUAGUAGUCGGUGAGUGCAAGUGUUUAAUUAUGGCUUUAAGUGGACUUAAAUUGACUGUGGUAUUUGCAAUCCUCUUGCCAUCGCUCAUCAAAGCACGAUUGAUUGAUAAUUUAGUAACAAUUGAACCCAAUGAUAUUAUUCACGUUAAUGCUGGUGAAUUCGAGAGGGAUUUUCACCAAGAAUUCACAAAAUUUGAAACAGCCAAUGAAACUUCAACUCGACUCUGUGAUAUGAUAAAGCUUUUGAAUAAUGUUCUCUAUAAGCAGUUGAUUGUAGAUGAUAUACCAAAUGCAAAAAAUCCUCAGUUAUGUCUCAAGUGUCGCGCUGUAACAUAUACAUUUUUGUCCUACAAUGCAACGGGACCCAGUGAUGAUUUACUGGAGAAAUAUGCCAAUGAUCUCUGCAGAUUGCUUGAACUUGAAGGCACCGAAGAGGUGUGCAGAGACACAAUUGCCACAUUCAAGCCAAUGAUGGCCUACAUCAUUAAAAAUACAGAGAAUAUCCUUCCGGAUAGAAUAUGCGGAAUUACUUAUCAGUCUUUCGAUUGUGGUUCAAUAGAGGAUUUGUAUGAGGAAUUUCCCGUUACGUUCCUACAGCCAACUCCAUCUAAGAAUGUUUCAAGUAAAACAACUCCUACCCAUAAUCGGAAUGAUAAGAAUCUCACAAUACUCCACCUGACUGACUUUCACUACGAUCCUUACUACGCUGUCGGAUCGAGUGGGAACUGUAAGGAGGGGAUUUGCUGUCGUGGAAACCCCGUGGACACCGAUGGGGCGGGCUUCUGGGGGGAUUACAGAGGUUGUGAUUCUCCAUGGCAUACCCUGGAGAAUGUUGUUGAAGAAAUCAAACGGAGGUACUCGAAAAUUGAUAUGAUCUACUUUACUGGCGAUAUCAUUGAUCACUUCAAGUGGGCUACAUCAAUUGAGGGCAAUAAGAGAUCAAUCGCUAAUCUAACUCAAUUGUUCAAAAGUGCCUUCCCUGGAAUUCCACUGUAUCCGGUUUUGGGUAAUCAUGAAGCACACCCAUCAAACACGUUUUCCCCAGCCCAUGUUGAGGGUGAAAAUGUGUCCAGUCAAUGGCUCUAUGAACACAUUGGAGACAUUUGGAGUAGCUGGCUGCCAGAGACUGCCCUCGCGACACUCAGAGAAGCCGGCUACUACACGGUAAAGCUCUACAAUGGUCUUCGAAUUGUAGCCAUCAACAACAAUUUCUGCUAUCACACAAAUUACUGGCUCUUGCACAAUUCCACAUAUUUCGCACGGCAAUUGGAGUGGGUUCAGGAAGUUUUGCAUUUGUCGAUGACCGCCAAAGAGAAGGUGCACAUAAUAUCGCACAUUCCUUCCAAUGAGAGAGAUUGCUUUGGACCUUGGGCGAGAGAGUACAGGAAGUUGGUAGAGAAAUUCUCACCCAUUAUAAGUGGUAUUUUCAAUGGACACACCCACGAGGAUGAGUUUAAUGUCUUUUACUCGAAGAAUGAUCCCUCGAAGGCACUCAAUGUGGCCUGGAAUGGUGGGAGUGCAACCACAUUUGCAUACUUUAAUUCCAAUUUCAGGCUCUACUAUGCGGAUUUAGACAAUUUCGAAGUUUUGGAUUACGAUACAUGGUGGUACAACUUAACAGAGGCAAAUUUGACACCAAACAAGAAACCAAUCUGGCAUUCUUAUAGCUUCGCCCAGGAAUAUGGAUUGGAGAGCCUAAGUCCGGCAAAUCUGGACAAACUUGUGAUGGAAUUUGCCACAAAUAGGGAUAAAUUGUUCUCAUACUGGAAGAGAAAAGUUAAAAAUUCCGAUGCACUAUUGAGUGAAGGAUGCAAUGAAGACUGCCUCAUGGAAACACUAUGUGAUAUUGUUUUUGUGGAGCAUGGUGAUAAUGCAAAAUGCGAGGAACUCUUGAAAAUAUUCUAUAGUCCAUCUAAAUGAUAGUUUAUAUCUCACAACAUGAGAAUAAUCUCCUCACAUGUUUUUUUUUCUACAACUUCAGGCUAUUUUCCUUAUACACAAAAUUUUAAUUAUUAUGUCAAGAGAAAUUAAAGAAAAUGGGAUGAUGUGGCGAAUAUGAGUUAAAUAAAGAAAUUAGCAGACAA